AUAUAUAGAAAAAAGUAUAGUUAAUGCUAAUAGUACAAUUAAAGGAAGAAAAUAAUGUGACAGCAAGAAAAAGAAGAGCUAAAGCACUUUCAUAGGACCCAUAGCUUGUCCCCUCAGUAGCCCCAUUGAUUGAUCUUCAUUUUCCUCUCUUCUGCAAAUUUUUUUCUUUUCUUUUCUGUUUCCUUCUUCCACCCUUUCUUCCCAAGAUUCUUUUCCUUCUUCUUUGUCUAGGAAAAUAGUACUAGAGACAAUGAUGUCAAUCAACAAAGGAAAAGAAAUAGCUGAAGGGUCUUCAAGAUCAACAGCUGUUGCUGCUGCUGCUUCUGCUGCAGAUCAUCAGCAAAAUCCUCCUCCCUUAAGCCGGUAUGAGUCACAGAAAAGAAGGGAUUGGAACACUUUCGGUCAGUACUUAAGGAACCAAAGGCCACCAGUUGCUCUUUCUCAGUGUAACGCCAAUCAUGUGCUUGAUUUCCUUCGUUACCUUGAUCAAUUUGGCAAGACUAAAGUGCACUUACAAGGUUGCGUGUUCUUUGGGCAACCUGAACCACCAGGGCCUUGUACAUGCCCUUUAAGACAAGCUUGGGGUAGCCUCGAUGCUCUCAUCGGACGACUUCGAGCUGCUUAUGAAGAGAAUGGUGGCUUGCCUGAAACCAACCCUUUUGCUAGUGGUGCUAUCCGAAUUUACCUUCGUGAAGUGAGGGAUUCCCAAGCUAAAGCUCGAGGAAUUCCGUAUAAGAAGAAAAAGAAGAAGAGAAAUCCAUUGAAGACCAAUGAAGAUAGCUCAAGCUUCCCUAUUCAGCAAUCUUGAUUUCUCUCUGGUUUUCCCUCAUAAAAGUGGUCCUAUAAUAAAAUUACAAGAGUUUGAAUCAGUUUGCUUCUACAUCAUCAUGUCAAAGCUCCAUCUUACUCGAAAGCGCAAUCAUUUCCUCCUUGGAUCAAGAUAAUAUUGGUGAUUUUAUAGAUAGCUAGAUGAUGAUCAGCACUGUGUUUAUUGUUUUAAAUGAGUAUCAAAGCGGGAAAUGGGGCAAUAUAUAUAAAAAAAACUGGAGUUGAAGAGGGUAAGUGGCUUUUUUUUUUUCUUAUAUAUAUGUUUCCUUUUUAUUUCAAGUUAUGACUUAAUUAGUAAUUUGUCAAAUGCAGUCAAGUUUGUUCCAUGAACUAUUCUCCAGGUAUAUGUAUAUGGAUGCAAAUGAUUAUUAUAAUAAUGUAUUUCAACUGUUCCAGCAAA